AAACUUUUCUUAGGAGGAAAUAAAAUAAACACGUGGGUUGGCUCGUUGGUUGCAUAACAGUGAUCUCCCACUCUCCGAGUGCAACGUUUGAGCGUCCAAGAAAUCCUCAAAAGUUUCGUUAUUAUUAUAUUAUUUUAAGUUUCGAUUCACGGCAUUUCUAAUCGCUAGAUUAUCUACUUCUAUGUGAUUUAGUGCUUUAAAUGUUAGCCACUUUUUUUUGGAAGUUAUUUUGAUAAAAGAAUGGCAUGGUAUCCAUCAACGAGCUCGUCUACUGGGGUAUAGGAUUUAAAUCCAAAGAAAUCGAGGGGACUCAUUAGUGGUAGCCUGUAUGGAAUAUCCUAGACAGGUUUUGCAUUGUUGGUUGUUAGGCCUCCUUGCAUCUUUCCCCAGAGUUCUGGCUUGGGGAAAGGAUGGGCAUUAUGCUACUUGUAAAAUAGCAGAGGGGCUUCUGGCUGAAGAUGCUGCCUUAGCUGUGAAGAAACUCCUUCCUGAAUAUGCAAAUGGUGAUCUUGCUUCUCUAUGUUCAUGGCCUGACGAAAUUCGACACUUCCAUCAGUGGCGUUGGAGCAGUCCUUUGCACUACAUCGAUACACCUGAUUUUAAGUGCAACUAUGAAUAUUCCAGAGAUUGCCAUGAUUUUACUGGAAAUGAAGGCAGGUGUGUUGCUGGUGCAAUAUACAACUAUACAGCACAACUUACUACUUUUGCCGACCCUGCUUCUGAAGGAAAAUACAAUUUGACGGAGGCUCUCUUGUUUUUAUCACACUUCAUGGGAGACAUUCACCAGCCUCUGCAUGUUGGUUUCACUGGAGAUGAAGGUGGGAACACAAUAAUUGUGCGAUGGUUCAAGAGAAAGUCUAAUUUGCACCAUAUAUGGGAUAACAUGAUCAUUGAAACUGCUAUCAAGGACUAUUAUGAUUCAGACCUUUUACUUAUGAUUCAAAGCAUGGAAAGGAAUAUUACAGAGGACUGGUCUGCUGAUAUUGCUUCAUGGAGAAACUGCAAUUUUAAUCAAAUGGUUUGCCCAAAUCCGUAUGCAUCUGAAAGCAUAAAGUUGGCAUGCAAGUUCGCUUAUAGGAAUGCCACUCCUGGGACUACACUUAGAGGAAACAAAAACUGUAAAAAGCCUACACCUCAGCUGGAAGCCACUUAACCAGUUGACCUACCCAAGAUCCAAUGAACAUCGAUUGGUGCAAAGAGAGUUUGUGUGUGUAUGUGUGAACUUCACAAUUUGAAAGGUGCAAAGGGUGUUUAUACUGUGCUUGUGUGGUGUGCACGCAUGCGAUGCGAUGCUUUUCUGCCUCCCCCCGCCCUCUUCUCUCUCUGUUAACCUAACUAUGGUGCUUCAUGUCCUUGUUAAGGCCUUGACCGGUCACAACACUCAUUACACCUGGUUUAGAUGAGCGAGGCAAAGACCCUUUUGGGCGAUGAAAUUUUAGGGAUUCAUGAAAUUUUAAGGACGCUGCUGUUUCUUUCAUCUAUCCAUUUAAGUGGGCCAAAACGUCCCAGCUCGAUGAAUAGCAGCAGUAAGGGUGACGUUUGUGUAAGGCAUCAACCUUAGACAAUCAAAGUAAGAUCACCUCACAACUAUACAUAACAACUUUGGUGCCGAAAGCUUUGUGAUAGCAACGAAAAUGUAUUUCAAUCCCUAAUUAUGAAAUUUAAAGCUCUAAAAAUGAUGCAGAUUGAGCAGAUUUAUAAUAACUACAAUGUUUAAAAAUAAAUUGUCUAGAUAUUGUGAUACAAGAUGUAUAUUUUUUAUUAUUUAAAACCUUUUUUGCCACAUCCAUACGUGUCUAGGUCAAGUGGUCAAUAUGAGAGUUUAUAGCAUCAAAAUUAACUUUUUUUUGAUGGAUUUUUGAUGUGUGCCUCACUUCGAUUCCUUAUAUAAUUUUAUUUUAUUUAAAUUCUACAUAUAAACAAAUGGUUGCAAGAAUGCCUUCAAUACCAGAAAGAUCUUUUUUU